GUAUGCAACACAUUUGACCAAUCACGGCAAAGAAUCGUCAUGACGUCACGACUGCCCUGGGUACGAGCAGAAAGGACCUUUGACCCAAAAGCAGAGCACUCCAAAGAAACCGUGGGGAUCGAUUUGCAGCGGCGAAAGAGGCUGAAAAUCAGCGCAAACGUCUGAGAAAGUUCGUCUUAAGAAUUGCUCAGAACUGAGCUGACACAGAUUGAAGGAGAACCAUGGGAUCCAACUGGCAGCCAACCCGCCCGCGGGGGCCGAUCGCGGCCAUGUAUCACAGCCCCGGACCCAAGUAUAUGGUGCCCGGCAGUACAGGACACACCCAGACUUUUGCUACAGGUGCAAAGAAACACGACCCGACGCGUAAGCUGGCUCCGGCGUACAGCUUCGGAGUCCGACACAACAAGUACAGCAACGACUGUAGCCCGGGACCAGGCUACCUCGUGCCGUCCAACAUCCUGCGUCAGGGGAAGGAUGGGACCCCCCACUACUCCCUGUACAGCCGGCCUAAGGACAUCACCAUGUUCAGCACCCCUGGCCCAGGUGCAUACGCUCCAGAGAAAUCUGGCCGCUCUGCGUCUCGUACGGCCCCGGCGUACUCUCUCGCCUCCCGAACGCGAGGCUUCAAGUUCGACAACACGCCCGCGCCCAACGCGUACUCCCUGCCAGCGGUGGUCGGACCAAAGGCUGUCGGAAAGACGUCAGCACCAAACUAUUCACUGACCAGCCGACAGAAGAUUGGUAGCUUCCACGAGGACUUACAGAAGACCCCUGGACCGGGCACAUAUAGAGUAACGGACCCCAACAUCAACCGUGGCCGAGCUCCGCUCUACUCGAUGACCGGGAGGAACCAGAUGCCUGGAGACACCACCAAAAAACCGGGCCCUGGUGCACACAGCCCAGAAAAGGUGUAUCAAAACGCAAAGAGAAAGCAGCCAGAAUUUUCAUUCGGAAUUCGGCACUCCGAAUACAUAGCACCUCUCAUCGUUGACCCCUCCUACUAACUCAUGGCGUUUGUGUAAGCACGGGUGAUCAUGCACAAGUUGCAGUACCCACAAUUCUCCUUUGGGAUUCGUCACUCCGAGUACAUCGCACCACUCAUCAUUGAUCCAGUGGAGUAGCCAAUCAUAACAAGCCAGCAGUACAAACCAACCAAUGAGAUCCAUCCUUCUACAUCCAUCACCUGUGAGCCCAGCCAAUGGGAUCCAUGCAUGCAUAUUUCAAAGCAACCAAUCACUUCUCAGCUUAGUGACCAGUUUUGCUGGCAGAACCUUUCUACAGUGUUAUAUUUUACCUCAGUUCAGUUGUGAAUACUUUCAACAACAAAAAAGAUUAUGUACUUGUCAGGAAUCUUUUUUCAGUAAAAGUGUGUUUUAGGUGCAGCCAAAUGUUCCAAUUUUCUUUUAUUUUUGUGCUUUGUCUAUCCUAGAUUGAAUUCGACAUCACAAUAAUUGUAUGAUGUGUUAAGAAAUUCACAAAGGUUACUUUCUGCACAGUAGACAUUGCACAAUUCCAUAACCUCAUACCGUAGAAUGACAUGUAAUUUUUAUGUUUUUGCCGAUGAGAUUCCAUUUUUUUCCUUAUUUGCUGCUUUUAAUUUUUGUUUUCCAAGAAGUUUCUCUGUAUUUCGUUUAUUUUGUUGAUUAAGCUAACAGAGAAUUGUUCUUUUACUCAGAUGUACAUAUUUUGUGAGGAAUGUUUGCCAACAGAAAUACAUGCAUUGAGAAUUGCUGGUCCAAGUGAAAUAUGUCUUACAAAUAUACAGUAGUUAUUAAUGCAGUGUCAAUUCUUGUAAUAAAAAAAAAAGGAAUUUAUUAUAGGUGAAAACAAGGACAAUGUCAUAUACAAUGUAAUUACCUUGUGUUUGUGAAAAUAAGGGUUUCUUCAGUGAAAUAUCAUCAUCCAAACUUAAUAACAGCUCUUUUUUUAAGAUAAAAGUUUGCGCUAUUGCAGUAAUGGCACAUUUCAGUUGACAUUUCUAUGUAUGUAAUGAGAACAAAACAUAUGCAGCUAAGUACUACUGUAACAGUCCUUGUGUUACGAGAAUAGAGGUAUCAAAUAUGAAAAAAGAUUGUAUAUUUUUUACAACUAUCAAAGGAUAUCAGCUAAGAAGGGCUUAAACAACAUAUCAAAGCAUCCUAGAAGCUCAGUGUGACUAAAAAUGUAAAUCUAUUCAAAAAGAAUGUGUGUUUGUCAUGUGUGUAUGAAAAAAAAAUCAAACAUGCUUGUCAAUAUCAGAAUGAUGAUCAUAUAGAUUAUUGCAGUGUGCCUCCAUCUUUGUUUGCUGGUUAUUAUGCGGCUACAACAAAGGGGUCAAAUUCUCAAGGACAAAUGUCUACUCAAAACAAAAUAUAUUCAGUUCAUGAGAGGUCCCAUGCCUGGGAAAAGUACACAGUCUAUGCAAUUAAGAAGAACAUAAAAUGCGCUGCUGCUAUGCAAAUGUGCCAUUUUUGUUGACAAAAAAAAUUUAAUGUUUUUUGUGGAAAAGGGGAAAUAAUAUGCCAUUUGGCUUGUCCCUGAGGCGUCGCCAAAAUUGUCCAGGAGAAUUUGGUUCCCGAUAUUAACGGUUUGUAUCUUCUCCGCUCCUCUUGCCCUAAUAUGGUCUUGGUGGUGAUUUAGUGUAUAUUUGAUAGGAAUACCAAUAAACCCUCCUCAAUACAAACCCA